AUGCCACAGGUUGUGGAGAUGACUCGGCCGAGGAAGGAUUCGGAAUUGGAGGAGGACGAGGGACCACGCCGGUCUGGUAGAUAUGCCCAGUUCCUCGGAGGAGCAAACGGGCAAGGGAGCGGCCGGGAUCGCUCGGGUGCUCAAAGGCUGAAGGUCUGCGGUCGAUUGGCAGAUUCUGAUGAAGAUGUAUCGGCAGUUUCAUGGGAAAGGUGA